GGAUGGCUGUGGAAUCCGACCGCGAACGCGAAGUUAGUUGAGUUAAGGCAUCAGUGCAGGUUGGACGUUUGUGCAAUAGUUUUUUCUUCUACUUUUUAUUUAUCAUUUGUUUUAGUGUGUUUUUGUUAUUGUCGAGUUGGUUUGCCGGACAACACUGUUUGGAGUUCAAGUGUUUACGAUCGACUUAACACUGUUCUAGCUGAGUACCGCUUGUUUACCACCGGGAGCCCAUUUCCGGCGUUCGACGAGAUUAGUGUGUGGAAGUAAACAGAUGCCGAUAAUACGAUCUUGGUUGAAAGUGCUAAUAGAAGUGUUGUGAUUCUACGUGCGUUUCAAGCUGCGAUCGAUUACUAGUAAAUAUAUAGUUCUUGACGGUGUGAAAAUUACGUGCAGAACCGAUAAUUGUGCAGUUUAGUGUUUGCAUCGGCAGUGCUGUUUUGCGUAGAUCUUUUGCUAAGUUUAGUGAAUGAAGCUGGUGAUUUUGAGGAGAUGAUUUGUGUAGCCGCUAGUGGUAACACGAUAGGAAUUUCUGGGCAGUACCUAUACUAUUGAUUGGAUUACGAUUCGUUCGUCACUGGAGCUUGGUUUCAAUUCCUGCCACCUUGUACGAACACAUUUGCAAGUGAAAGAUUUAUCGCUGACUUUGCAGCGUAAGCAGCUGCGAAUCAAACAAAGCCUGAGGACAAUAAGCGACUACUGAUAAGAGCUUGUUUUCUCUACAAGAUACAACGAUUCACCAUAAUCGGGCAAAAAUUAAUCUCGUGCAGUAAAAACCCUCUCCAGCGCGUACGAGUGGGUUUGGACGCUCUUCGCUGAACCGCUAGAGAAAUUCUACGUCACCGACCGACAACAGCUAGCAGGAGGGAGCGGCCUUAGAAGCAAACUCCCCGGACACCCGUAGCAAAGCAAUGAAAGGAAAAUUAUCCCAUUGACGGGUAAUGAAGUAAUAAAUCCUAUAGAAUAAUCCAUAAAGUGGCAGUGAAACCGGAAGUACUCAGAGUCAAGUUUUGUAAGUCGGUGAAAGAUUUAAAGGCGAAAGCGAGAAAAAUAAAUAUUUGCCCACAAGAGGAAGCAAGUGUUUAUAUACAGUAAUAUGAGCGCCUAGCAAUGCAGCACCUUCGUAGUGAUUAAUUGCAAAUUACCCGAUCCAUUAGUCGCUGGGACCAAGCUCCAACGGAUCACGCAGCUUUCGCAAGUAGUCGACGGCGCCGCUCAUCCGGUUACCAGAAGUCUUUGCCAGCACCAAAGAGUGAGAGUCAAUGUUGCACCAUCGACACCACGUUUCAUCCUCGCAGCUGUCCUCGUCUUCCUCGGUUGGCUCACCGAUGAACCACAAAGACCUGGAAGCGGAACUGGAUGAGUACCUGUCCGAGUACAAACUACAGGCACCCGAACCGAUCAGUCACUAUGCAGAUGGAGAACUAGAAGCAGAAUGGUUAAAUGCAGCCGGAUUCCCUCAACUGACCAGAGCCUUCGAGGAGGGUCGCGAACUCUCCACUACAGAGCUGGUACCGGUCAUUGCGAGCCUGUCCACGGCACACGCGGAAGCAGUCAAACAGCGAGUGAAAGCCCUAAAUCGAACCGUUCGCGGGAGGACUCGAAAUCGCGGUAGCAAAAAGCCGGACAUCCGCGACGUUUUCCGUGAUCUGGAUUCGUCCAGUACGGGGACAAGGUCACGAAGUGCCACACCCGAUUCGCUGGACUCCUUGCCCGGCGACGAAAGCUGGAACAGUAACGGUACGAAUGGAGCGCACCAUCACCACCACCAUCAUCACAUUCCACGUUUCGUAUCCGUGUUCGAUGGUGGAAACGGUGCUGUGGUCCGACCAACACCGAUUCGCGGCAAACAGAACCUGCGACGGACGCCGAGCGCACCGUUACGCGGUUCGGCGGAACUCUUUCGUGGGACACAUGUUCGCUGCGACAUUCCCUUUCAUAAUGAGGGAAUAGAAUUGCUCAACUUCCAGAGAUUGGGUACCAUACAUAUACCAAGAAUUCGAUCGGGUUCCGAUCCUUCGUGCACUAUUGGAACUCGCGGCGGUCAGCACAUUUCCGGUACUAGGAGCCAUACGAAUCUGUUCAACGGUAACCAGAGUAACGAUGACUCCGGCAACUCGUCAUCUGAGCAGAGCCCUCCGAGUUCUCCACCUCGCAGCAGCUUGCUAUGUUCGGUGGAAAAUUCGCCCCUACGAUCGUCUUACGAGCCGAUCAGCUUCGAAAGUAUGAUCAAGCAAACAUCAACACCGCACGAAUCGACUCACAAGCUGUGGCAGUUGCAGAAUCUCCGAGAGUCGUUCUGCGACAUCGAUCAGGUGUCCGAGUGUGACUUGAAACGAUUGCAGCCGCUGCUGUGGCUGGAGCUUGCCUCCCUAUUCGACAAGAACCAUGUUACAUUGGACAAGCGGAAACCAUUCAAACGAAAACGAAAAGAGGAAGGCAAUGUCUUUGGAGUGUCACUGAACGCCCUGGUGAGACGGGACCAACAGAUAACCGGUGAGGACACCACGCUCGUGCCUCUGAUAUUGCAAGCGAUCUUAUCCCAGCUAAGGUUACGCGGUGCUAGAGAGGAAGGUAUCCUACGAGUGCCGGGUCACAAGCAAAAGACCGAGACACUUUACAACGAGAUCGAACACAGCUUUUACUAUAAACCGGAGAAAGUUGAACCACUAUUCAAAAAGGCGGGAGUACACGACCUAAGCGCGCUGUUGAAGCGAUGGCUGCGAGAAUUGCCUCAACCGCUCCUGGCCAAUGAUCUUGUGCAUUUAUUUUAUCAAACGAAUGUUCUACCUCCACAUGACCAGUACAAAGCAUUAGCUGUACUUUGUCAGCUGUUACCACAUGAGAACCGCAACACGCUACGGGAACUACUAUCAUUUUUCCGUUUAGUCGUGGAUCUGCAGGACUCGAACAAAAUGUCACAGCAAAAUGUUGCGACCAUCAUUGCACCCUCGUUCUUCCCGCCUAGAUUUGUGCAUCCUCCCGAUAAAAACGAUAUUGGAUCCCAAGUUCGUAUGGCGGCACAAUGUUGUCAUCUAACUAAUGUGCUUAUCACGCUUGCGAACGCCUUGUGGUUGGUACCUUCCCGUUUGAUCGAUCAAAGCAAGAUGAUCAAUAAAAAUGGACAGCCCAAACGGCAAUUGACGCGUAAAACCAAAAAUCCUCCAGCCAACAACAGCGACUUUGUCAUCGAUACCAACCACAUCCAUAGAUUAGUUAUUUAAGCAGAGCAGAAACACCAACCAAUAAAUUUUAAGACCGAAAAGAACAUUUCCGUUAUACUUCACUACCACCCAUAUUUUAGACUGUUGUACCACACUAAGACCUUGCUGUAUGCAUCGAAUUUAUAAACAUAAUGAAUUAAUUGAUACAACCUAAAUGUAGCGUUUAAUUUGCCUUGGAAGAUGAUUUUUUUAUUCUAAAAACUGCUUUUAAUGGCAGUUUAUUGUUAAGUCAAUUGUUUGUUCUACUGUGUGUGUUUUGUCUAUCUCUUGGUUUACCGAUUACCGGUGCUUUAAUUUUUAUAAAUCGUUGAAUUAUCGAAUAGAAGAAUUGUGCGUGCUAGGUGUAUCGUUUACCCUUACAGUCGAUUCCAGCGGGAGAGAAAUCAAACUAAAAAUAGAAUUAUUACCAGCUAAAGUAGUAUCAAGUGUUAUUCUAGAUUUUGUAUAUUUUAGGCGCUAUAUCGGCAGGUUAUACAGUCAGAACGUACGACGCCACUUGCAUGGCAUGUGGCAACCAACGGGAAAUGUAUUCCCACAAUAGCAAAUACAAAACCAUACGUAAGUAUAGCCCAUGGAAGAUGAUAGUCAUUUAACUGUAUAUUUAUUACGGUGGUAUAGUCAAUGAUUGUAUAUACCGAAAUAAAAACUAGUUACUUUGUACUUUGUAGUAUAAGCGUGGAACUAAAUUGAUAAUAAAAUUAAACUUUAAAA